UUCUCACCUUACUUUUUUUCAAACUCCAAACCUUUGCGGCAGGAUUCAUUUUCUGUAACCUUGCAUACGGACCAAAAAUAAGGAUAUGUUCUUGGAACAGAUAUGUCCCGGUCAACUGAAUUCCAGUCUUCACGCCAUUCACACAUUUAUAUGGGAGGACGACCGUCUUAUCAUCUAUGCAAGUGGCGAUAAAGUCGUCAUUUACGCUGAUCCUAAUAAACCCAUUCAAGUCUUGACCUACCCUACCGGCCUCAAAGACGACACGAACCCAUUAGCCGAAUCAGUGGCUGCCGUAGCAGGAAACAGCUCCACAGGACAGAUCGCUGUAGCCUAUGGUUCCGUCAUUGGUAUCUACGGAUAUAGUAAAACAGCCACCGAUACAGAUGUACGUUACAGCACACGGCCUUAUUGAAGAUACCAAUCUUAUUGUAUUCUAUAAACCAACAGAAUCCCCAUCAAUGGACACUCGAUCAUUUGCUGGACGCCAGUAACCGAGUUUCUUGUCUCGAUUGGAGUUUUGACGGAACACUGGUCGCCGCCGGAGUCGGGAUUUCUUUGUGGCGACUCAAU